CCCAUAAUGCAAGAAAAUUGUUGUUUCUGACUUUGCUGAGUGGAAGCCUGAAGAAGCAAGAAGCAGAGCUGGCUAGUUCCUGCAAAAAAUUCCCAGCUCUCAAACUUGAGCUUCCACAGCCAGCUGCAUAUUUGCCCAGUUUUACACGCAGAAGCUACAUAAACCCAAAACCCAUCUCUCUCCCAUGCCUAGAAGAACCCACAAACUGUGGCAUUCAGCCGCACCUAUCAAACCACCCCAACCCAGAAAUCUCAUGCUUUGCUCGAAAGGGUUUCUCGGAAAUCACCAAAGAAAUAUUCGGCAGAGCAUUGCAUGCAUUAUGCAUAAAGGGGUUCGUGCCUCUCGGUGUAUUCAGUUCGAAUACUUUGGUAAAUAUGUACUCGAAGUUUGGUCGUAUAGGGUAUGCGCGCUAUAUAUUUGAUAAUAUUCCGGAGAGAAAUGAAGCUUCUUGGAACACGAUGAUGUCGGGUUAUGUACGAGUAGGUUUGUACCCCGAAUCGAUUGAAUUCUUUUCUGGAAUGAUUGGCCGCGGGUUUAAGCCAAGUGGGUUUGUCAUUGCUAGUUUGAUAACUGCGUGUGAUAAAUCGGCUUGUAUGUUCAAUGAAGGAUUGCAAGUUCAUGCUUUUGUAGUUAAAAUUGGUUUGUUAUGUGAUGUCUUUGUUGGUACUUCUCUUUUGCACUUUUAUGGCACCUAUGGUCUUGUGUCUAAAUCCCGGAAGCUCUUUGAGGAGAUGCCGGAUAAGAAUGUGGUUACUUGGACUUCUUUGAUUGUUGGACAUUCAAAUAAUGGAGAUUUGGGAGAAGUUAUGAGUAUAUAUAAGCGUAUGAGACUUGAAGGAGUAUGUUGCAAUGAUAACACAUUUGCUAUAGUCAUUAGUACUUGUGGGAUGCUGGAAGAUGAGCUAUUGGGUCACCAAGUUCUUGGACAUGUUAUGAAACUUGGACUAGAGAAUAGUGUCUCUGUGGCAAACUCCCUCAUAUCCAUGUAUGGUGGCUGUGGUAAUGUGGACGAGGCCUUCUAUGUCUUUGAUCACAUGGAUGAACGUGACAUAAUCUCAUGGAAUUCAAUUAUUUCUGCAAGUGCGCAAAAUGGGCUUUGUGAAGAAUCAUUAAGGUGUUUUCACUAUAUGCGGCAUGUUAAUAAAGAAGUGAAUUCCACAACACUUUCAUCAUUGUUGACAGUCUCUGGUUCCACUGAUAAACUGAAAUGGGGCAGUGGAAUUCAUGGACUAGUAGUAAAAUUUGGGCUGGAAUCAAAUGUUUGUGUUGGCAAUACUCUUAUAAGUAUGUAUUCUGAAGCUGGAAGAUCAGAAGAUGCUGAGUUAGUUUUCCAAAGAAUGACAGAGAAGGAUAUAAUCUCAUGGAACUCUAUGUUAGCAUGCUAUGUUCAGAAUGAGGAGUGCCAAAAAGCCUUGAACUUUUUUGCUAAAAUGCUUCGGAUGAGAAAACCAGUAAAUUAUGUGACUUUAACAAGUGUACUAUCUGCCUGUCCGAACCCUGAAUUUCUCAUUCAAGGCAAAAUUCUUCAUGCUGUUGCAGUCCUUACAGGCCUACAAGACAAUGUGAUAAUUGGCAAUGCACUAGUUACCAUGUACGGAAAGUUUAGUAUGAUGGUUGAAGCUGAAAAGGUAUUGCAAAUAAUGCCCAAGCGAGAUGAAGUUACUUGGAAUGCCCUUAUUGGUGGUUAUACCGAGAGCAAAGAUCCAAAUGAGGUGAUAAAAGCUUUUAAAUUAAUGAGAGAAGAAGGAACUCCAGCAAACUACAUCACAAUAAUCAAUGUUCUUGGUGGUUUUAUGACUCCUGGUGAUUUACUAAAACGUGGAAUGCCCUUCCAUGCACAUAUAGUUCUGACAGGAUUUGAGUCAGACAAGUAUGUUCAGAGUACCCUUAUAACAAUGUAUGCUAAGUGUGGUGAUUUGAAUUCAAGUAAUUCCAUAUUCAAUGGAUUAGAUUUUAAGAACUCCAUUGCGUGGAAUGCAAUCAUUGCUGCAAAUGCUAAUCAUGGCUUAGAGAAAGCUUUGAAACUUGUUGUGAUGAUGAAGAAAGCUGGAGUAGACUUAGAUCAGUUCAGCUUUUCUGUGGCACUUUCUGUUAGUGCUGACCUGGCUAUGUUGGAGGAAGGCCAACAGCUUCAUGGCCUGGUAGUUAAGCUUGGUUUUGACUCAGACCAUUAUGUUACAAAUGCUGCCAUGGAUAUGUAUGGAAAAUGUGGGGAGAUGGAGGAUGUUUUGAAAUUACUUCCCUCACCAACCAACAGAUCACGAUUAUCAUGGAACAUUUUGAUAUCAUCUUUUGCCAAACAUGGAUGUUUCCAGAAGGCUAAGGAAGCUUUUCAUGAAAUGCUAAAUCUUGGUACAAAACCUGACCAUGUCACCUUUGUUUCACUUCUGUCUGCUUGCAGUCAUGGGGGUCUGGUGGAUGAUGGUCUUGCAUACUAUUAUGCAAUGACCACAGAGUUUGGUGUCCCACCAGGAAUAGAGCAUUGUGUGUGCAUAAUUGAUCUUCUUGGACGAUCAGGAAGGCUUGCUGAAGCUGAAAAUUUCAUAAAAGGAAUGGUUGUCCAGCCAAAUGACCUUGUGUGGCGGAGCUUGUUGGCUGCAUGUAAAAUCCAUCGUAAUGUAGAGCUAGGGAGGAAAGCUGCAGAACAUCUUCUGGAGUUAGAUCCAUCAGAUGAUUCGGCUUACGUUCUUUUGUCAAAUGUCUGUGCAACUACCGGUAGAUGGGAGGAAGUAGAGAAUGUAAGGAGGCAGAUGGGAUCGAGAAACAUAACGAAGAAGCCUGCAUGCAGUUGGGUCAAGUUGAAAACUGAGGUGAAUAAAUUUGGGAUGGGAGAGCAAUCCCAUCCACAGACAGGGCAGAUUUAUGCCAAGUUGGGAGAGCUUAUGAAGAUGAUUAGAGAAGCAGGUUAUGUUCCUGAUACAAGCUAUGCACUGCAGGAUACAGAUGAAGAACAGAAGGAGCAUAAUCUUUGGAACCACAGUGAGAGAAUUGCCCUUGCUUUCGGAUUGAUCAAUACUCCAGAAGGUUCACCUGUUAAGGUUUUCAAGAAUCUUCGUGUAUGUGGUGAUUGUCAUUCUGUCUACAAGCAUGUUAGUGCAGCAGUUGGGCGGAAAAUCGUACUGAGAGAUCCUUACCGGUUUCACCAUUUCAGUGACGGCAAGUGUUCUUGUUCUGAUUACUGGUGAGGAAGAUAUUUAAGAAGCUAAAAAACACAGUACUGAGUCAACGGAUCAUUGUUGCUUUGGUACUGAGCAUAGGAUAGGUUUGAAACCACAAUGAUCUAACUUCCAUUGGGAUUAGUGGUUAGGGUUUAGGGUAUAGCAUGAAUGAUUUGAAUUUUUUUGUACUGUAUCUCUGUACUCUUCUCUGAAAUCUCAAGUAACUUUUUGAUGAUAGAACUUAAAAUACAAUUUCAUCAAGCUAA